AUUAAAUUGAUUUGUGGCUACCCACCCUUUCACACCACUUCACCACUUGAAAAAUGCGUCAUAUCGCUGCAUACCUCCUCCUCCAGAUCGGUGGCAACGCCUCGCCGUCCGCGAGCGACGUGAAGAAGGUCCUCGGCGCAGUUGGAAUUGAGGCUGACGACGAGCGCCUCGAGAAGUUGAUCUCCGAACUUGAGGGCAAGGACAUCAACCAGCUUAUUGCCGAGGGCAACGGCAAGCUCGCCUCGGUUCCUUCCGGCGGCGCUGUGGCCGCGGCUGCGCCUGCGGCAGGCGGCGCUGCUCCCGCGGCGGCUGCAGAGAAGGAGGAAGAGAAGAAGGAAGAAGAGAAGGAGGAAUCCGACGAUGACAUGGGCUUCGGUCUGUUCGAUUAAGUGGGAGAGGGACCAGGGCGUACUUAUUGCUAGCAUUGCUGUAUUUGUUGUCGCCUUGCACCGGGCAGUGUUCUAUGGAGAUGAAUAUGAGCC